AUGCACAGAACUUACUCUUUGAGAAACUCAAGAGCACCAACGGCGUCGCAAUUACAAAACCCUCCUCCUCCUCCAUCCUCCACCAAAGGGAGAUUCUUUGGGAAAGGUGGUCUCGCUUAUACGUUCCGUCGUAAUGCAGCAGGUGCGUUCGGGCCAGAGCUGGCCAGGAAACUGUCGCAAUUGGUCAAGAUCGAAAAGAACGUCCUGCGUUCCAUGGAAGUCACUGCUAAUGAGAGACGUGAGGCCGCUAAGCAAUUGUCCGUCUGGGGUCUGGAGAACGACGACGAUGUCUCCGAUAUUACUGACAAGCUGGGGGUCCUGAUCUAUGAAGUUAGUGAACUGGACGACCAAUUCAUCGACAGGUACGAUCAAUACAGACUCACUUUGAAGUCGGUUAGAGAUAUCGAAGGCUCUGUUCAGCCUUCCAGAGACCGUAAGGACAAGAUCACUGACAAAAUCGCCUAUUUGAAGUAUAAAGACCCUUCUUCUCCAAAGAUUGAAGUGUUAGAACAAGAAUUGGUCAGAGCCGAGGCAGAAUCUUUAGUAGCAGAAGCUCAAUUGUCAAAUAUUACUAGAUCGAAAUUGAGAGCCGCUUUCAACUAUCAAUUCGACUCAAUCAUUGAACAUUCAGAAAAAAUCGCUUUGAUUGCAGGGUACGGGAAAGCAUUACUAGAAUUAUUGGAUGAUGCCCCUGUGACACCCGGUGAAACUAGACCUGCUUAUGACGGUUAUGAAGCUUCAAAACAAAUUAUUAUCGAUUGUGAAUCUGCUUUGAAUGAAUGGACCUUGGAUUCUGCUCAAGUGAAACCUACUUUGAGUUUCAAACAGGAUUAUGAGGACUACGAAACUGACGAUUCUGACCAAGAAGUCGCCCAACAUGAUCAGGAUGAAGAAGAAAGAUGGACUGAUGAUGAAGAACAGGUCGAAGAAGAAGAAGAGGAGGAAGAGCCGGUUGAAGAAGAGCCAGUUGAUGAAGAAGAGCCGGUUGAAGAAGAACCAGUUGAAGAAGAAGAACCAGCUACUGUCGCUUAG